AUGCCAGAGGAAAUCCGUACCUACUUUCAAGGUCGUGGGAAGCUGAUCAGCUUCUUGCGACGUCACCCUUUUUUAUUCGACAUCCGAAAUCUAGAAUGUGUCUCGCGCCUUGAUGUGCGGUUGCAAAAAGAAGUCAACCACCCACGAUGCGGUGCCGCAGAUCAUAAGUUUAUGAUGACGGAUAUCGGUGUCGUCGAAAGUUAUGUUGCCAAGCCGGAGUUCAUUCUGAGCAUGGAUUCUAUUGAGAGCACCAAUAAGGGUGUUUUCUUGCAUCCACAGUCCGCGCCGCCUGCCAUUCGGGUGAAGCUGGAAGAGCGCAUGCCGGUCCUAGACCGGCUGGUGGCCCUCAUUCCGGUUGAUUUCGAGCUUGUGAAAAAGGUUGAGGAAAAUAUUCCAGAUGAUAUUAUUUUUCAUCCAUACUUCGACUGUCAAGGUGGGCUCGCCUCGAUCGCCAGUAAGUUCCCUGAUGACUUCCAGGUUGUGGACGGUAAAAUCCGAAGACGUCCUCCGCACUUGGCUCCCCUAUCUCUCAAUGACUUCACACUCAAGCAGUCACCUAUCCCAGAGAUCGCGUCGCUUGUGGAACGCGAAGUGUGUGAUACAAAUAUUCCGCGCUGGGUGAACAUCACCUCGCUCUACGAGCAGCUAACACCGCAACAGAAACGGGAAGUAAAGCAGGUCUUUAAAAGUUUUGCAAGAUUUCUACGUGCACAUGGCAAGUCUGUCUCUGUAUCGCAAGAUAUGCUGUGUGUUUCAAUGUGGAUCCCACCGAUGUCUUCCUCCAUAGAUACGGCAAGUGAUCAACACUCCUCUUCCACAAACAGCGCCAAUGCAACUGCGCUGGGCGGUAACGAGCCUUGUAUAAGUAAGGCAAAGCCCCCUUGUAUCACAACUAACGAAUCGGAUCCUGUGGACGUGAACACUUUAGAACACCAGAAGCCUUUACGCCACGAUGGCAUUCCACCACACAUACAUGCGCCGCACCUUCAGUUGAUACAAACAACAUCGAAACGCACUUUUCAGCUUCAAGUCAUCAAUGAGCUCUUUGAUCGCUUUCCAGCGCAUCAAACGUUGAAUCUUGUGGAAGCCUUGCAGCUACUACCCGAUUCGCUACAACAAGGCUUACCCAAAGGCAUCCUCAAUUGGAUUAGUUGUCAUCACGACUACUUCGUGGUUGAUAAUCCCGAUGAGAAGGAUCCGUUGGCGGUUCGCAUCCAGCGUGUGUCGGAUCGCCAGCCUCUAGACAUCGUCCGCAUCCUUUACCAAGCCAUGCAACGACUUCAACAACAUGAAAGGAAAGAGUGCACGGUGUCAGUUGAGGACCUUAUCAAGACCUUAAACCCGACAGAUCAGCACAUUGUUACACAAAUGGGGAUUGGGAAGGUUGUCAAUCUAUUACCCGAGUGGUUAAAACUUGAGCCCGCCCCACACGUACUUUUCAAGUCAAGUCACAUCCCAACGGAGGAGGCUAUCGCGCGCGGCGAUUACUGCCUGCGGCAACUGCGCUCCUUGGUGGAGUUGGAGGAAUCGACUGCAAUUGAACGAGAAGAGCGCAUAGGGCUAUGGAAUGACUCGAAAAAGAACAACGAGGGAAAUAGGUAG